AUGAGAGGCAUGUGUGAGGCAGUGAGAAUUGAACAGGCUGUGGGAGCAGUAGGAGCUCUAGGAAUGCGGGAUUACUGUGAUUCUGGAAGAUUAUUGAACUCACAGUACAAGAGUUGCUGCAACACUAUGACUUUUGAGGAAAUCGCCUCCUGUGACAAUCAAAAGAGAAAGAUGCAGCCAGUGAGCCGGGCUCUGGAGGAGGUGUUGGUGGCUGCCCAGAAGCGUGAUUCACUGACAGUUGGGGUUUAUGAAUCUGCAAAGCUGAUGAAUGUAGAUCCGGACAGGGUGGUACUGUGCCUGCUUGCCUCAGACCCCGAACAUGAAGACAAUGUUGCUUUAAAAAUCCACUUCACUUUAAUAAAAGCCUUCUGCUGUGACAAUGACAUUAAUAUUGUGCAAGUGUCUGGUCUGCAGCGUCUGUCAGAAAUCAUUGAUGGCCAUUCAGAAGCAAACUCUGAGCCUAGUGACCUCCACUGCAUUCUGGUUUUGGAUUCAAUCACAGAUUCAUGGAAAUGCUCAAGCUGGCAUCAAAUCUCUAAUUACUGUUCAGAAUACAGGAGCAGGAGUCAGUGGGUGCCCUUUGUUUCCUUGACAGAACGGUGACUGGAAUAAAAGGUGUGAGAUUAAUAGAAAUAGUGACCAGAACGUCGGAUCCAUGUUGUCAUAUGAAAACUGUCCAGUUUUAAGGAAACUGGUUGGCUGCUACAUGGACAAUUAUCAAUUUUUACCUAAAGAACUCAGAAAAACAUGGCUUUUUUUGUAUAUUCUGGGUUGAAGUUUUUAUUUGUAUUUUUUCUAAGCGAGAAGAGCAGCUGGUUCUGCAAUUCAUCUGUAUAUAAUAUGAAUAUGGACAAUAUUUAAUCUGCUGUACAAAUAAUAAAAUUUAUUUUAUUUGGA